GCGGCAGGCCUCCCACGUCGACCUUGCGUUCGUUUUCUCCCAGGCCUGUACGCCCGCCAUGUCCGCCAACGGCCACCUCAAACAUCGCAGACCCAGCCUCAAAUCAAGCAGCAACGUCCUACGUAAGUCCCUCCAGCACAUCGAAACAGAUCCCACCCACCAUCUCGCAGGGCCUUUCAGGCCCCAGACCCCGCUCAACGCGCAGUUCUCCCCCGUUGGCUCGCCAAAUGAUGCCGCUCCGUGGAGCGUUGCAUCUGAGGGCCUCUGGGCCGACAUCAAAUCUAACCGUUGGGUGGUUGUCCCAUCAUCCUCCUUCAAAAUUUUGCUCAUCGUUUUCGUCCUUUGGUCCAACUGGGAGGUUAUCACGCCCUUCGUCGUGCCAGGCCUCCCCAACCCCUUUGCGCCUCUCCUCUUUAUCUCACAUCCCGUUCCGCCCUCGCCCACCACCCUCUCCACCCCUGAGCAUCCGCGCUAUGCCAAGGGCUAUCUCGACCUCGUAUUCAUCGCGUACUACAUCGUCUUCUGGUCGUUCUUUCGCCAGGUUGUCACUCUGUACCUCUGCCGAUCCAUUGCCAAUUUUUUUGGCAUCAAGAAGGAGGCGAAGCUCGCGAGAUUUGGUGAGCAGGGCUAUGCGAUGGUGUAUUUCGCCAUUAUGGGCGCCUGGGGAGCGCGGAUCAUGUCUCAGCUCCCGACGUGGUGGUAUCGCACAGAGUACUUCUGGAUUGACUAUCCACAUUGGGAGAUGACGCCGGAACUGAAACGGUACUAUCUCAUGCAAGCUGCCUACUGGUGUCAGCAGCUCAUUGUCCUCCUACUCAAUCUGGAGAAGCCGCGCAAAGACUAUUACGAGCUGGUUGCACAUCAUUUUGUCACGCUCUGGCUUAUUGGAUGGAGCUACUUGAUUAACUUGACCUUGAUCGGGAACGCAGUGUAUGUCAGCAUGGACAUCCCAGAUACAUUCCUCGCGUUUUCGAAGCUCAUGAACUACAUCCAGUAUACACGCACCAAGGUCGUCUCGUAUGGCGUGUUCAUCGCCGUCUGGACGUACUUCCGUCACUGGCUCAAUCUAGUCAUCCUGUACUCGGUGUGGACGGAGUUCGACCUCAUGCCUGAGACGUCCAAGCGUUGGUCACCGAAGGAUGGCGUAUGGCUGGUGUGGUGGAUGAAGUACCAGGUGUUCACGCCGAUCCUGCUCCUGCUGUUCCUCAAUAUCUUCUGGUAUAUACUCAUGCUCCGCAUCGGGCUCAGAGUGCUGCAGUCGGAGGAGGCUUCGAAGGUGGGCGACGAGCGCUCCGACGAUGAGGACGACGACGAGGACGAUUGAAUAUGGGACUCCGCUCGGGAUUGCAGACUAUUUGGUCAUUUGGAUUUGGAUAGAGGCUUCGAUAAUCUUACAGUCCUAAUGGAGGAAAACUCGUUCGAUACGAGCAGAGUGUAGCGUUAUAUUCUGUUGGACUGUUCCUCGCAUGAAAUGUAUGCGCGACUCGUGUCGCACAGGCUGGAUCUAUGGGCCCGUCGUGCUUUCCAACA